AUGCAGCCUCUCCCGCACGCUGUGAACAUGCCGUCGGGCGCUCCUGUGCCUUUUUACCCGUACGUGAGGGGCAGCGUCAUUCCGCCACCCAGGGACUACGUCGUGUGGUCGUUGUUCAAUUUCACCGCGUUCAACUGCUGCUGCGUGGGCUUCGCCGCACUUAUCUUCUCUAUCAAGUCAAGAGAUUGUAAAGUUAUUGGAGAUCCAGAAGGUGCUGCUAGCUAUGGAAGGACAGCCAGGUUCCUGAAUAUUGCUGCACUUCUGCUGGGCAUCAUUGUCUUCCUUGUUGUAAUCGCUGGAGUUGCUUCUAGUACAGCAUUCAUCAGUAACAGUAUUCAUGAUAUAAUGAAGGAUAUACAUGACCAGGAAAUUGAAGAACAUUUACAUGGGAACUAAAUAGUACAGCUAGCAGUAUAUCCUUUUUUUUAUUGCAUUUGAAUGUUCCCCACUAUUUUACUUGCAAGGAGUAAGGUCUUCCAACAAAGCAGGUACCACAGCUUGCAUUUCUGGAGACACAAUAUUUAUAUGAGCAGUGUUUUAUCUGUCCCAUAGUUUUGGUUUUAUUUCUCCAAUUUCUAUUUCUAAUGGGAACCAUUACUGUUUCCUCUGUUUUUUCAGUAUUUUGAA